AUUACAGAGCAGGAGCUUGGCUGUUUAUCUGAGAAGGGCACAGCUGCAGCAGCCGCCUCUCCCAUUGGUUCCCAGCAGCGGUGGUAACACUUCCCAUUGCUGAGUGGGGAGGAGGGGAGCCAGGAGGACAGUGUGUCCAGUGCCAGGCUCUGCGCACAGACACCAAGGAGAGCUCCCAGCGCCGAGCCCAGGGGCGGCAGCAGUAGGAGGAGGCUGGCUGGCUGGACUAGUAACUGGCAACUAUUGUGUGCAGCCACAAGCCCAGGCUAUCGCGAGAGUGUCUUCUUACCAACCUGCUCCAACAAACACAGCGCUGCUAGGCUGCCACACUAACACAGCCACCCAGGGAGGGGACAACAGCACAGCCACAUCUGGGGACAUCCAUGAAGACCCAUGAACCCCUCAAACUCUGGCCUUUCAAGCACACCCCAGCUCCUGCCUGUGAGUACACCCCCUGAUCAGCCCCAAACAGCACCCCCAAGCUUGUAUGCACUUAUCCCAGGACUUGGACUUUUUAAUCUUUUUAUUAUUUAUUUAUUUUUUAGAGAAGGGGGAGGGGGGGGAGCAGAGAGUGACUCAUAUUUUUUUAAAAUUAAUAUUAUUUGUAGGAUCAUGGAGUGAACUUUGAUAUAUUAUUGUGUUUAAUCUAAGAUUGUGCUUAGGAAGAAUAAAGGGGGGGGAGGGGGGUUAAUGCUGGAGUUUUUAUUUUUAACCCCCUGCUUUUAUUUUAUUUUUAGAUAAGAGCUCACUUCAAGAGGUUUAAAUCCACAACUAAGCAAGGGGUUUGCUUUUUUUUUUUUCUUUUCCCUUUUUUUUUGUACUGAGAUAGCAAGCUGGGUUUGGCUGUAAAAGGGAACAAUACUAAGUUUGGGAGCCGUGGGAACUGGCAAGUGUUAGAUGGUAACACAAGGAACCAGUGGGGAAUUAAGCUGAUCUGUGUGAAUACAACGAGGCCAGUCUAGUCUGUACUUCCUUAAACUCCCUGCAGCCAACACCAGGAACUGGCUGCAAAGGUCACUGUCAUAGCUCCCCAGGAGCUGGCCUCCUCUUCCCGGAUAGAAGGGGUGAGGGGGGUGCACUAAUUAGACUGUUAAAACUGACAGAAUGUUCUGAUAGAACCCAGGAUUGCAUCUAAUUGGAUACAUUGUAAUUCUCUUGUGAUACAACAUUCUAUGCUGCCUGGGGCACUUUAACAGCAAAUAGUGAGUUUAAAUAUAAUGGAAUGAGUGCAGUUAAUGGCUGUGGAUUUAUUUUAUUUUAUUUUGGGAAGAGGUUAUCACAUUAUUUACCUCCCCCAGAGUCCUUAUAUGUGACUUUAUUUGAGCUGUUGUGGCAGACAGCAGCCCUUCCUAGGCUGAUCAUUGAUCUGAGCAUGCAGAGGUGUUCUGCACCUGUAUCGGUGAGCUUCUAAAGUUACUGGUGGGGAGGAGGGGAGAGAGAGGGGGGGCUUGUAUUGACUGCCUAACCUGACCAGCAGUUGCACCCAUGUAAUAGAUGGCUAUAAAUGGGGCUGUUGGAACUUUAAAAGGCAGCUAGCAGCGUGGUUGGCUGGUAGCUAGAUUUGCAGUAACAUAUGGCAUUAAAAGGAGCACAGCUGGAGGUAGCAUUUCCAUAGCAGUGAAGUCAGAGCAGCUGACUUUCCAGCUUGCAGUGUAAUUAGCAAAGAACUCAGCCUCCUCCUCCUCCCUCACACACACACAACUCACACUGACACAGGGACACACUAUGUCUCUCUCUGCCUGUCUGCUGGAGUCCUUGUGAUACCACCAGCCUUUGCAAUGACACUGAAGAUAGUAAGCUCACCCUAAAGGUCCCUGGGGCAGAUAUCCUGGGAACUCUUUUGUUGCAGCAGGGGGAAGGUAAGAAUGAGCAUACUGACAGUUACACGUUGAGGGUACUUGGCAUUUUAUUUAUUUUUGUUAUAAUUCCACUUUUUUUGUGUGUGUGAAAAGGGGGGGCAGCAAGACUUGUAUUGUGGAUUUGGGUUCCUGUUUAUGUGUUAACACCUUCCAAGUUAUUGUUUAUUAUUUAUUGUAAAAGCAAACUUUUGUAAGUUUAAACACUACUGUAAAAGACAGUUUAAACUUGAUCAUAUUUUUUGUUGAAUUGUAUUUAAAAUUUGGUACCUUAGAGUCCUUAUGUUUUGGUGUGAAUUGGCUGUUUUGUUCAUUACCCCCUUAAUGUAGUCUUCUGUGUCUCUGGAUUUUAAUUAAGGUAAAUCUGUAUCUACCAGAUGUGUCUAUUAUUUUUUAUUUUUUUUGUAACAUGGACAGCCCAGUGGCUAGGCUAAUCUGUUUAACCCUUUGCAGGCAGGAGAAUAUGUCCAGCACACAAAGGGUUAAAUAGGUUAGGAAAUUACCAAUAAAUAAAUAAAAAAGAGCCAAGCCCUCUGGGUUUUAAAAGCAGCGGUUACCAUAACUACUUUUAGCUAGAGCUUUGCUGUACUGACCGAAAAGGGACAAAGCUUUGAAACUGCUUCUUGUUAGCUUUUGUUUGUUUUAAAUCAAGUUUUUCCUGUUUCGGGCAGGUGCAGUUUUGAUGAGAGGGUUUCUGCUUAAAAAAAAAAAAAAUCGCAACCGCUGUUAGAGAAUUGAACAGAAAAUGUUAUACGUUAGGCUUGUUUAAUCUACACUGCUAAACUGUUUUGUGUGUUGCAGCUGUGAAGUGGAUUGGGUUUACUGUAACAUUCAAGUUUUUCCUGUUUUUGAACAGGUUAUGAAGGAAGAAUGGAGUUCCCAGACCAUAGCCGCCAGUUGCUGCAGUGUCUGAGUCAGCAGCGUCACCAGGGCUUCCUGUGUGACUGCACUGUUCUCGUUGGAGAGGCUCAAUUCCGAGCACACCGAGCUGUCCUUGCGUCCUGUAGCAUGUACUUCCAUCUUUUCUACAGAGACCAGCUAGACAAAAGGGAUAUUGUGCAUUUAAACAGUGACAUUGUCACGGCCCCAGCAUUUAGCCUGCUGCUUCAAUUCAUGUACGAGGGCAAGCUCGAGUUGAGCAACCAUCCAGUAGAAGAUGUGUUGGCAGCUGCGAGCUAUCUGCACAUGUAUGACAUUGUGAAAGUCUGCAAGGGCAAGCUAAAAGAUAAAGAACUUAAUUCAGGAGAAAAGAUCGGUGGUGAAGAAUCUGAUCUGGAGAAAGAGGAUAGAUUGUUAGAUAUGGAUGGAAGCCCGGGGCAUGCCUUGGACCCCAGCAGUAAACAAAAUACGUCCAGCACAGAAUAUGCUAAACCUGUUCGGAAAGAAAACGCCAGCGAGCUUCCUGCUUGGUCCUCUGAACUGAUAGGUGCCAACUCAGUGUCUACAGAGGCGGUGUCAUGCAAGACAGCAGCUGGAAAAACAAAAGCCGAUGUGAAUAGCCCUUCGUGCCCUUUGUCCCAGAGAUCUGCUAACCAUACACAAGCUCCAAGUGAUGGGGAUUGUGCUCUGGAUUUGUCUUUCAAGCCUGUGUCUGGGAGAGAUUCCUUACACCCCUCCUACGUCUUUGGACAGCUGGCUUCCGACAGCCAGCAGCACGGCACUGUGCCACUUGUUAAGGAUGAACAAGACUUGCUGUCAGAACAGGAGGACAUUGAUGCAAAGAGUCCAAAAAGUCAACAUGUUGGGAAUCCAGCCAAAAGUCUAAUGACUGGGUUAGGGCAGAUGUUUGCAGGAAAUGGGAAUUCUCACGUUCGGGAAGAUGACUUGUACCAAGACCGAGAUGAGAGUGAAGAUGACAUGGAUUCAUCAGAUAUUUCUGCUUCAGGUGUGCUGGUGGCCCCAGGGCAAAUUUGCAUAUGUCCUCUUUGCAGCAAAGUGUUCCCAAGUCCGCACGUUUUGCAACUUCAUCUCAGUUCUCAUUUCAGAGACCGUGACGGUUCUAGGAUCAAGAUGUCUCCAGAUGGUUCUGUGCCCACCUGUACUAUAUGUGGGAAAACGUUCUCCUGUAUGUACACUUUAAAAAGACACGAACGCACGCACUCUGGCGAAAAGCCGUACACGUGUGGGCAGUGUGGGAAAAGUUUUCAGUAUUCCCAUAAUCUCAGCCGGCACGCAGUGGUCCACACCAGAGAGAAACCACACGCGUGCAAAUGGUGCGAGAGACGGUUCACUCAGUCAGGUGACCUGUACAGACACAUUCGUAAGUUUCACUGUGGCCUAGUCAAGUCAUUGGUUGUUUAACAUUUAUAUUAUUUAGGUUUAUUUAAAACUGGCGAUUUUUGGAACUGCAUGAAAUGUCCCAGUGCAACAAAUCAAGAUGCUGAAAUGUCAAUACACAUGUUGUCCCAGCACUUGCAGCUGUCUCCUCAAAGCAAACACAAUACACCGGGUAAAUGCGUGCAUGAUGUAACAGUAUUUGCCAGGAUGUUUAGAACCCCCGAAUAGGGCAAUUUGCCAUAAAUAAAUUUGGAUGGGAAUUUAUGUAGAGAACCUGGGCUUUAUUUACUAAACAGCUCAUGUGAAUUGAAAACUAAACUGCAACAUUUAGGAGAACACAGCCAAGCUGAGGGUAUAGUUAAAUUGGAGACUACUGUGCAGUUUGAUUUUCAAUUUGCUCCAAUUCAGUGUUUAGUUAAUAAACCCCUAAGUCUCACUUUUAAAACUGUACUUUUUUCUCUUUUAGUGUCUGACUUCUCCAAUGCCUCUUGCUCACCUGCCUAGGAAUCUCUAAUUAUUUAAACUUGCAAAAGUCUUUUAAAAUUGCAUUAAAUGCAAGUAAACUGGAUAGAAACGGACUCCUGGCGUGUCCCUUAAUGUCAGAAUUAAAACUUAAAAAAACAAAACAACAACCAUCAGGAAACUACUCCCAAACGAAAGCACUGUUCUUUUGUUAUAAAAACUACCUAUACCCCAGGGUGUCUGUUACCUUUCAGAAAUCUGAAAUUAAGCAGCUACUUAAAAUUCAGCAAUUAUACCCAUCUGCGCUUUUAUUUAAAACAUUACCAGAUGCAAAUUAACGUUUCACCUUUACGUAUUUAAGAUGAAGUAUAAAACUCAUCGUGCUGUAUUUGUAAAGUGCUCAUUUGAAGCCUCCUGAAAUGACUUUGUAAAAUGAAGUUCUAAUUUAAGUGCUAAUUACUAUAUGUGUUAAAUACUGAUAUUACAGUACUUUUAUUUAGGUUUUUGUACCCAAAAUCAAUCGAAUUACAAUGAAGUAUUCGUUUUUGAAGAAGACUGGCAUUUAUUUUUUUCUUUAAUGUUAAUAUAAUAGAAAGUGCCAUCUGAGACGAAUAGAUUUCGUAUUCUUUGAUAGAAGCAGUAAUCUGUUCCAAACUGUGAAAUUCUUUGACCUCCAAGCGAGAAUUGACACUGUCUGCAUAUUAACAAACAUUACCACAUAAUGAUUCUGUUACUAUCCACUCAGGGCACAAUCUGCUGUCAAUGUUUAACAGAACUGCUAUGUUAAACGUCUUAAAUACUUCCGGAUUAUGGCAUCCCACAGUAAACCCACAAAUUAGGCUCUGUAUGAUUUAAACCCAAUUUAAUGAAUCUGGGGGGUGGGGGGGAAGAGACGUUGAAUCCCAUUGAUAUCUAAAGCACUACAUUUUAUUUCUCAAUGCCAAUAUCCUGUAGUGGUUAUAUAACUCAGCAACCCAGAAAUAUUUUCCUAAACAUAAUACUACUAAUUACAAAACACUAUCAAAGUUUCAUGAAACCUGUUUCAAAAGGUUUAAUACUAAAAUACCCAGCAUGCACUUCUGAUAUUCUUUUCCUAAGCGAUUUCUGCAUAUUGCUUUGACCUAUACUGUAUGCAUUUCUACAGGGAGGGGAGAUGUCCUAUAUGGAAGUAAAUAAGGCCUCCCCCCAAUACUCUGCAGACAUUUAUGUAAUGUGAAAAAAAAUGAUCUGUAGAAUACAAUCUUGUUUCUUCACCACAUUGUAAAAUAUUUUUUUGUAGCUGUUACGUUCAUGUUAAAGACAUGGUACUGUUUUGGGGUUUUGGUUUUUUUUGUGGACAUUUUAACCUGAACAGUGGUACAUUGAAGCAAUGAUCCUAGUUACUGGUUAGUUAUUUUUGCUGUGAUUUGAAAUAGCACUGAAAAAAAAAUACUAAAAUUUGUAAGUUAUUUUGUGAUUCUUUUUUUCCUGAUGGUACUUGAUAUAGUAUUUAUUAGUUAUUUGAAGUGACAUGAUUUAUAAUUUAGAGUUUAUUUUUAGAUCUGUUUAUUUUUUAUUUUUUUUCGUUAUGCCCCUUUUAAAUCAAAGGAACUUAGUCCUGAACUAGAAAGAUGGCAAUUUCUAUAAAAGUUUUGUUUUUUAUUAUUAUAAUUAUUUGCAUUUAUGAUUUUUUUUUUUUUUGCUAAAAUAUUUAAUUUAUGCAUAUGUUAAUAAAACAUUAAAUAAUGUAGAACAACACUGGUAAGAGAUGAAGAAACAUAUACAUUUUGUGAUGACUAUGGACAUAAAUACAGCAGUGGGUAUAGGGCUGAAAGAAAAUUCUUCAUGAAACGUUUUAUAUUUUUGUGUUUACAUCAAUUAAAAGUGUGCCCAGUUGCCUUCAUGUAAAAAGCUGUUUUUUUCUGUUUGUUUGAAAUCAAUUAUGUUUGCACUUAAUUUGUUUUUGUUUUUUAAGUCAAUAACACUGAUUUUUUUUUUUUCUCACAGUUUUAUAGGCAUGUGGUGUGUAUUGCAAAUUCUCUCUUUUUGUGUGCAUGCACACAUUGCACAGUAGCAGUUUUGGGUAUUUUCAUUUUUUAUUAUUUUUAUCUGUACCUGCAGAACUGCUCCUGGGUUGUUAACACUGUAUGUGAAGCAUAAUCACGCAAAUGCUGUGAAAUCACUGAAAAUGAUCAGUCUCUAUUGAGUUGACAAUGUAUAUGUACAAAUACACUAUUUCUGUAUAAAGUUUUAUACCAUAUACUGUGUAGACAAACUUGUUGGCUUUGAAAAUAUUUUAUAUAAAAAAAAAUAAUUAUUUUGCUGUUCUACAGAAAAAAAAAUGCAUUUUUUUUCUUCUCUUUAAUUUUCUUUGUUUGUGUGGUGUGUUUAAUUUUGUACAAUCUUCAGUUUGUGUUUGUUUAAACUGACAAUCGUGAAU